CCACGGCCUAUUACAACUGAUGAAUAAGUCUGAAAGCCACGCACAUUUUACAUUGACCAAUUUGUCCUUCUUCUUUACUUCAAUGUUCUUCUUUUGCUAGUUAUAUCCUUCUCUAUAGCCCAUUAUUAUUAUUGUAAUUAUUAUCAGUCUGAAUAUAACAUUAAUAGAAAAAUGAGCAAGUUCUUAGUGAUAUUAUUAUAUGUCGUAUGGUUAGCUGCUUCUGGGUUUGUUAAUGGAUCUAUCAUCAAGAAGGAGAAAGACCAAAUUAGGGUCUUUGAAUUAAAGAAGGGUGACCUUACUUUGAAGGUCACUAACUGGGGUGCCACACUUGUUUCCUUGGUACUUCCCGACAAAUAUGGAAAGUUGGGAGACAUUGUUCUUGGAUAUGAUUCUCCCGAGGCAUACACUAACGAUACAACAUAUUUUGGAGCUACCAUUGGCAGGGUUGCUAACAGAAUUGGAGGAGCUCAGUUUACAUUAAAUGGAAUCCAUUACAAAUUAAUUGCUAAUGAAGGAAACAAUACACUUCAUGGUGGACCUAGAGGAUUUAGUGAUGUGCUUUGGAAAGUGAUAAAGUAUCAAAGAGAUGGUGAUAGACCCGAAAUCAAAUUCAGCUACCACAGUUUUGAUGGUGAAGAAGGAUUUCCCGGUGACCUAUUGGUAACGGUGAGCUACAUCCUAAGUGAAGAAUCGAGUUUGAGCAUAGUCAUGAAAGCAAAAGCCUUAAACAAAGCAACACCAGUGAGCCUGGUUAACCAUGCAUAUUGGAACCUAGGAAACCACAACAGCGGCAACAUCCUUAACCAAGUUGUUCAAAUCUUCGGGUCCAAAUUCACACCGGUCGAUGACAACCUCAUUCCCACUGGAAACUUCUCGUCCGUCCAAGGAACCCCAUACGAUUUCCGUAAGCCACAAGUUGUUGGCUCUAGGAUUGACCAGUUAUCCAAGACCAAUGGCUAUGACAUAAAUUAUGUUCUUGACAAUGACGAGGAUGAGAUUAGGGUUGCGGCUAUUGUCACGGAUAAGAGGUCAGGGAGAGUGAUGAAGAUUGCGACGAAUCAACCGGGAUUGCAAUUCUACACUGCGAAUUCCGUGAAGAAUGAGAAGGGGAAAGACGGGUUUGUGUAUCAGCCGCGAUCGGCGUUGUGUUUGGAGACUCAAGCGUUCCCUGACUCCGUCAACCAUCCCAAUUUUCCGUCAACGAUUGUCACGCCGAGAAAGCCUUACAACCAUCUUCUGUUCUUCAAAUUCUCCACUACCGAUGCUCCACCUGGUUUUUCAGAGUCAUAAUAACAACUUCAAUUUGUUAUUAACUUAUUAUGGAUUUUUAUAAUAAGAGGUUGUGUUGGUCAAAACGUUCAGGCCCUAUUCCUGAGAGAAGCAGGAACUUAGCAUUGGAGAAAAGAGAGAGUUCCAGCAGUUUUGAGAA